GACAUCGACAUCAUUGCCACCCACGGUCUCGACACGAGCUCGCCGGACACGUGGAAAUGGAGGGCCCCAAACAAUUGCAAGACUCGACCUAGGCCUGAAGUCAACUGGCUAUAUGAUCUGGAAAAUGCUCCCAUCGAAAACAAGUGGAGCUCGGAUCUUCACAUGCGACUGGAGAGCCGACCUGCUUCAGCAGCACCAGUCCCAUCGACGAUUGAAGAGUGUGCUCGUGCUCUGCGCGAUAGCAUCUUGCAGCACCGGGAGUCAGAUGAGAGAAUGUCCGUUCUCCUCAUCGCUUCGUGUCUUGGUGGGAUCGUUUUGAUUAAGGCGCUAGAGAUCGACAAUUAGCGCGCCAAGGACAAUAAUGAACCGCAAUCUCUCGCACAGGCAACACGCGGCAUCAUCUUUCUAACUACACCAUUCCGAGGGACUGCGUUCAAGGACAUGCCCAGCUUCCUGCUGAAAGCCCUUAGAUUCCUGCAAGACCGAACAGUAAGUUCACUGAUUGAUCACGCGCUGAGUGCGACACCUGAGCUCGACGAGCUUGCUAGGGGUUUCAUAACGCUAGCAAGGUACCACAGCUACGAGGUAUCUAUGUUCUGGGAACCGCGGACAACUGUUUUUCUACGUAAAUUCGGCCUAGCUUGGAUAGUCUCGCAAUGGGUUUUGACAUCUUGGCUUGUAACUCUGGCAUUAGCUUGGCUACUCGACUUGUUCUCGCCUUGGUUACUGGUACUGUUUCUCCUUUGGUUGCCUGUGUUCCUCUCUUGCCGACCACAGCUGCUAGUGAAUGUGUUGCAGUAGUUGCAAUAAAUGAUGUUGUUGUAUUAACCGGUCCAUACGAGACCCUAUUGCCCUUGCUUGGACUGUUCUGGAUUAGCACGUUCCAGAGUCAGUAUAUAGUCGUCUUCUCCUCACUAGAUAGCAACUCAGCGC